AUGCGAGAAGUCUCAAAUCCUUUGGGAGUGAUUGACGAGCUCUUCUCGCCCUUCUCGGAUGCCAACGACUCCAACUCCCGCCCGCCGCGGGAGUGGCGGGAGAAGGCGCACUUCAUCCGAGCCCUGGAGCUGGAAGAUGAGGAAAACUUCGAGAAGGUGCCUUGCCUGAACGAGGCGCCGGAAACCCCGCAGCUUUCGCUGGUGCGGUACAGGUGCAUGGUCCAGGACGUCUUCGAGCCCGAGUGGUACGCCACACAUCUGCUGGAGACGGAGGGCGAAAGCGGCGAAGGCGGCGCAAGCGGCAGCCGGCUGGUGACAACCAAGUACCGCGAGGUCUGCAGCUGCCAGGAGGGCAAGGUGCUCCGAGACCUGGGUCGCCGUGGCCUAGGCACCCGGGGCGCCUAUUACUGCGUGCCCUUGCCGGCGGAGAGCUCUUGGGCGAGGCUCAAGGACUCCAGCGAGGAGUCUCCACAAGCCAAGCGCCCAAAGCACGGGAGUCGGAACUUCCCACUGCCCUGGGAGGAGGACAAAGGCGUCGCCUGCGUAGUGAAGCUCUAUGAUGAUCACGCGGUCCACCAGCCAGCCCAUUCCACUGGCAAAGGAGCCAACCGUAAGACAGGUCCACAUUCUCAGGAAGAGCUGCUCAAAGUAUGCGAUACGGUGGAGAUCCUGGGUGUGCUUUGUCACGAUCCGUUGGAGUCCCCUUGCUACCGACUGCACGGCCUGGUGAUCCGAAAACUGCCCUUCUAUCACCCCAUGCUGGCAUUCAGCCCCCAGUGGCUUUCAGAGGAGCGCCUCGCUUCCGCCUUCCAACGGCGCCUGCCCUUCGGAGCCGUGCAGAUCGCGCGGCAAAACGCCCACGAGGCGCUGAGCAAGGCCUUGGGGAACGACGCGCUGGCCGCAGAGUAUGUUCUAGCGCUGCUGAUCUCUCGCGUCUACGGGCACAGUGGUUCCAUGCCCCUGGGCAGGUGGUCUCUGAACAUCAGCCGCUGGGGCACCGCCGGCGGCGACGGCGUGUCCGUGGCAGCGCUGGUGGAGGCGAUCUCUCAGCUGGUGCCACGGGUGCUGCGUCUGCCGGUGACGGCGGAGACGCUGUGCCAGAGCAACUGGCGGCCCUGGAAGGACUUCGAUGCGAAUCGCCUGCGAGCGGGGCAACUGCAGUUGGCCUCCGGCACUCUGCUUGUCCUGGACGAGUGCGGCAUGACGCCCGGAAAUCUGGACGAGCGCGGGGUGAGAGCCACACAGGCCAUCGAAGCCUUGGCGAGCGACCAGCUCCUGGUUUGUGACUUCAACAGCUACGAGGUGCAAAUACCUCUGGAAGUGAACUGCCUCUUCAUCUCCCAGGGCACCUCCAUCUUCAAGCCCGACCUCGUGCUACCGCUUCAGCCCUCAGCGCCCUCACCUGCCUCGGCGCUGUCCGCCAGCGCCGUGCACGCGCUGCGCUUCUGGCUGGGCCUGGUGACGCGGCGCACCCAGGCGCUGCGGGUGCCCCCGCCGGUGAUGACGGCGUUCAGCGAGGACUUCGCUCGGCUCCGGAGCCGCGGCACCGCGCUGCGCCAGCAGACGCUGCACGCCUGGGUGGCGCUGGCGCGGGCGGUGUGCUUCACCCAUGGGGAGGAUGAGCUCACCGUGGAUCGCUGGCGCUCCGUCUUUGCCAUGGAAGAGGAGCUCCGGACGCGGGACGCAGAGCAGUCCUUGCUAGACGCUGCAGAGGUAGCGAGGUCCAGGUCCAACAUCCAGCGCGCACGCGGACAGGACAAGGACCUGCUAGAAGAGGCUUACAAGAUUCAGGAGGAGUCUCGCAUGGAGGAGGAGAAUGCGCAAGGCGUGGCCGCGGCCUUUGCAGCGACACUGCAGCAGUUCAAUGGCCAGAGCGAAGGCGCCAGCUCCUGCAGUGGCCUCGUUUGCGGAGGCAACGGCUACUGCGACGAGGACUCUCAGGGAGCUCGCUGCAAGUGCAAGGCUGGCUACCAGGGCACCGGCUUCGUGUGCAACCCGGCGGCCGGCUUUGCGGAGCACCCGCUGAUCUCCGCUGCAGGGGCGAAGCCUACCCAGGUGGCGGACUUGCACGUUAGCAGCCUGAGUGGCAACGGUGUGGCGGUGGCCUUCAGAGAUCCCUCCAGGCGGAACCGGGGCUUUGUAGUGCUGGGUACUGCACUCGAUGGGGGCAUGCGCUGGAGCGCGCCGGCUCUGAUCAGCGCUUCGUCUCCGGUCUUCGGGCCGGUGCUCGUGGAGCUGGACCAAGCUGGCGGACUGGCGGUGGCCUACAGGACGACCAAGGACCGUGGUGGCGACGGGAUGCUUCUGUGCGGAAGGCGUGAUGCGGAGAACCGGGUGCAGCUGGGCCCAGCACGCGUCUUCAGCCACUACCAGGCGCAGGCCAUGACUCUGAUUGCUUUGCCUCAGAACCGCGUGGCGGUGCUCUUUUCGGAGCAUCAGCCCGUGACUGGGGCGGAGGCCGAACACUUUGGCACGUCCCUCCUUGCAGAGAUGUCAGAUUCGAAAGACGCGAUGAUGCCAAAGCUGCUGGGCAAGUACCACUUCGCCAAGGGCGCAGUGACCCGCAUCACUGCGGCGCCCUUGUCGUCGAAGACAUUUGCGAUUGCAUUCCGACAAAGCCGAGAGUCCGCUGCGUACCGAGAGGCCAGCGUCUCCUUGGCAGAGCUGUGGGGCACUGAGCUGGUGUUCACCACCUCGCCCACCUCCCUGGAGCCUGGCAGAGGUCAGAUUUGGGCGCGGUCUGUGGCAGGGCUUGGGGACGGCGCCUUCGCCUACACCUACCAUAGCGGCGCGGAGCAAGUGACUAAGCAGGCCGUGCUGCGACUGCACCCGCAGUCCCACCGGCUGGAAAUGCUGCAGGAGCCGCAGGUGGUGGCGGAAGGCUUCAGCCCCUUCGUCAGUACAGUCAGCACAGUACACCGAGAGGUCCACCAGUUUCAGCCCCAGAGGGGUCAACGGAUUCGAGCAGAAGCGCAACCUCAAGGCCACCGCUUCUUUACAUUCAUCGGCGGCGAAGGAGCCAAGGGCCGCGGCCGCUUGUGCGGCGUCAGCGCCGGGCUGCCAGAUCGCUGCCAAGAUGUGGGCGCGUCCUCCAAAGAGGUGCUGUCAGUGGCCUCCGCUCUGCUCAGCGACGGCCGGGUCUUCCUCUUGACCAGCAGCGCCAGCGGCACCCCCCACUACGCGCUGGUGGGCCUUGGUUCUGCCUGA